AUGGAAUUCUCAAUACAUAAUCUACAGAAAUAUAAACUGGCGAUACAUAUUGCACAGCUGGCUAUAGCGGUAGUCAUAUGGGUAUUGGAUAUCAUUGUUAUGCGAUCCACUGCUAUUAUUGAUGGUAGACUUGGGUGGAAUUUCGGUUUUACUUUCUUGGUAUUACCUGCCGUGAUAUAUCUUACCAUGACCGUCCGAUUUCCCAGGACCAGAAAAUUCGCCAAUCCUUAUGCGUUGUUGGUUAUUGAUCUCGUGUGGUGUAUCAUGGCUUUAUCGGCAUUUGCAGCUGUUGCGAAUUGGAAUUCGACAGGGAAAUGUGGAAGUGCAUGUAAAGUGAGCAAGGCAGUUGUUGGCUUAGGUGUAUUUUCAUGGCUCUUCUGGAUCCUCUCGACCGUAAUGUCAGUCUACGGCCUCAUGUAUUACCGACGAGAAGGCUAUCUGCCGGGCGCCUCCAGAGCCCCCAAUAACGCAGCCAUGAUCGACCCCGACAAAGAAGCCUUUUCAACUGCACCCCACGACGACGAAUACGCACCAGUGCACCACGCCGAAGAACACGAGGAACACGAAUUACACGAUGAUGGAUACCCAGGAGGAAAUUUCGUAGGCAGAGUCCAUUCUCCCGAUUACGAACCUUCGAGUUAUGGAGGUUCGUAUGCAGCUACUUCGACGGCGCAUCAUGAUGAUUUGGAAGCGUCAACGGCAUACACGGGUUAUAGUGCGAGUGGGUAUGGCGGAUCGCAAAAUUCGAGAACGGGCAGAGCUCAGUUCCCCACGGGCAAUUAUGAUAAUAUUCCGGUGAUUGGUCAACCCUGA